AUGCGGAGCAGGGAUCAUGGAAUCAGACAGCGGAUGUUGCCUUUUCGGAGCCACCCAUCCAACCCUGUGACCCCGGUCAAAUACUCCCCGUUGGGAUCAGACUGCUGCGCCGUGCCUGAAUAUCACUACAAUACCUCGCCUGCACGGGUGCCGGCAGACGGCUAUACACUGUUCAUGAACUCAAUCGAUAGGGAGCUUGCCGGACUGUCACGGGUACACAAUGGCGAUAAUCAAAUUGAACCAUUCUGGGGUUCACGGGGCUGUUUCCCAAUCGUGCGUACUAUGGUCUGUCCUUCAUUGGCGUACAUCGCCGUUCUCGGUGCUUGCAUCUCCUUCUCCUUCCCUUUGUGGGGUUGA